UAAACAGAUUACGGUCCAGUCAUUCACACAAUAGGAUGACAAUGUAAUACUUCCUACAGCGAUCGGGGAGAGAGAAAGGUGCAGGACCAGCCUCUGAUGACAUCACAGGCGCUGGUGUGCGCGUGCAGGACGUCAGUGAGGCAGAGCGCGCGGGCCACACGGAGAGAACUGCUCUGUCACUCAGCCUGAAACUCAGCGAGGCAGCUGCAGCGGAGCCAUGGCCGAGGCGAGCCGCGGAAAGCGCAGGAAACAGCCGAACCCGCGACGCAACCGAGAGUGCUCUCUGGGCUCUGAGGGAGAGGAUGAGGGGUGUGCAUGGGGGACGGAUGUGCAGGAUGAAAGAAAUGAACAAGAUAAGAUGAGUUUGACACCCAGCGAGGGCACGGAGGCUGGAAGCCCUGCUCGCUCCGCCCGUGCCCAGAGCCUGAGCCCCUCGCUGGAGCACUGGGACGAGACUGAGAGGACGACGCUCCCGAGUACCACCGGAGAGACAGAGAAUAGUGGAUACACACAGAAAGAUGCCCGUGUUGUAGAGGACUGGACUCGCUAUGACUUCCUCAUGCAGCUGAGAAAAGUGUCCCACCUUACUGACUCACAAAACAGCCAGCAGCACAACGGCUCCCUCGCGUCCUAUCACACCUCUGGCGUGCAGGACGACACACCGUCCGCCUUGUCGCCGGGCCUUCAGGAGUCACCUGAGGGAAAAGACGCAGACCCUGGGAGCCCUAAUCCCACAGGGACAGAAAUGCAGGUGUGUCCCUUUUGCCAGCGGUCAUAUCAGCAGGGCAACUAUCUCAGAGAACACAUGAAGCUGUGCCAGGAGAGGGAGGGAGAGCACAGCGUGUGUCCGCUCUGUGGCUACAGCACUCCGUACAGGGCACAGAUGGAGCGGCACAUGGCACUACACGUCCAGGUUAAAGAGAAGAAUUCCGUGUCUGACCCCAACAUGGAAAACCGGAAGUUUAAGUGCACACAGUGUGGAAAAGCCUUUAAAUACAAGCAUCAUCUUAAGGAGCAUCUUCGUAUUCAUAGUGGUGAGAAGCCCUAUGAGUGCUCCAACUGUAAGAAACGUUUCAGUCACUCAGGCUCCUACAGCUCACACCUGAGCAGCAAAAAGUGUCUCAAUGGGGGCGGAGCAGGAAAUGGUGCAUAUUUCAAUGGCCACUCUCACCCUGCCUACCUCUUCCCCUCCCCAACAUCACCCCCUGUAGCUGGAAGCAGGAACAUGAACAGAGGGAAGAGCUCUCCAUAUGGCCCUCUAAGUCACUGCUACACAGAGCAACUGGCCAAUCUCGGACAGGAAUCUACCGCUUCCGCUCUCCGAGCUUCUGAUCUAAGCGGGCCGUGGGAUUCGGUUGCGGCCAUGAGGAUGGGGGUAUUUAAAGGGACUACACUUUUGCCCUUACUGCACUCUGGUGGCAAGUUUGAACAGCUCCUUCAGGAAAUGCUCCGAAACGAAGUGGUGAAGGAUGAGCGGCUUGGACGCAGGCAGGACCGGGAAGAAGAAGACAAAACAGAAAGACGAGAGGGGAAAAGUGACAUGCCUGUCGGGGCCGUAUCAUGUCAGCGCUGCUUCCAGCUCUUUCCAAAUGAAGUAGUUUUAAAGCAGCAUGAGCGAUAUCUGUGCAAGGGAAAGGAUGAGCAGGAUGCUGUACAAAUGCACUGCAUCAAAGACGGAUCACCGCUCAACUUCUCACGUGUCUCCCAAAACCUUUACCACACACCAAAGACUCCUACAACCCCUAACGGAAUGAGCCGAGAGCUUUCUUCUCCACAGCGGGCAUCCUGGCAUUCACUUCCGCAGCAGCUACUUGUGCCUCUGCAGUCACCUUUGCACUUUCGUUCCGAUCCCGCACAUGCCUACUGGUCAAACAGAAAGACAGACAGCCCUGGAAACUCCAGCAUCAUGAGCCCUACCUCGCCCUCGCUACAGGAGCGCCAGCGUCCAGGCUUCAGCUCUCCAGUGGUCACAUCACCAUGCCAGGCUCCUCAACACAGACCAUCGCCCAGAUCGGAGGUGUCUCAGAGCGAACCCCUAGACCUCUCCAUUCCCAAAGCACGUAAAAGCUCAGAGCCUGGCUCGGACUGCAACGGCAGCUCACCACAUACAGGCCACAUGGAUGUGGAGCACAUGACCAGAAGAUCAAGCCCACUAUCCCAUCAUGAAGUAGGCGGGAACUAUAGACCCUUAUUCGGAAGUGCAGUUUUCAGCAACUACCCCUUUUUUAAUCCAAUCAUGUCAGGUGGGCUCGCAGCGAUGGGGCGUAACGGCCUGACGUCACUUUCUCUAACACCACCGGCACCCAGCCCUGGGUUUCUCUCCCCCAUAACAUAUAUGAUGGAGGCAGAUUCUGAGACCAUGCUGAAGAGAAUGCAUCAGGAGAUAAAUGUCAUGUGUGAUGCCAGAACUCGAGGAAGUCUGGACUACCUCGCCUUAAUGGAGGAAGGGCUGGAUGGAGACAAUGGUCCAGGGAGAAAGAGACUCAGGAAAACAGAGGAAGGAUUAUACGCCUGUGACAUCUGUGAUAAAAGCUUCCAAAAGAGCAGCUCUUUGCUUCGCCACAAAUAUGAGCACACAGGAAAGCGUCCACAUGAGUGCCAGAUCUGUAAGAAAGCCUUUAAACACAAGCACCACCUGAUCGAGCACAGCCGGCUUCACUCGGGAGAAAAGCCCUAUCAGUGUGAUAAAUGUGGCAAGCGCUUCUCACACUCGGGCUCCUACUCACAGCACAUGAACCAUCGCUAUGCUUUCUGCGGCCGAGACAAUGACCCGGACGGCCAGGGAGAGGAGCAGGUUUUGGGGGACGCACCUCUCUACACAAGCACACACACCAAGCAUCAUGCUGAGACGAGAGACAAUUCUCUGUGCCUAGAGGAAACAGCCACGUUCCUCAGUGAUUCCAGCCUGGACGGGGCUCCACUGGGAUUCAGAGCAGGAGAGGAGGAUGAGGACGAGGAGGAGGAGGAAGAAGAAACCUUGCUUAGUAAUCAUGCACACAAGAGAAGGGAGGAAAGAAGAAUGGAGUUAGAGGACAGAAGGAGACAGUCAUGUGAAGAGAGCAAGAAGAAAAAUAAAAAGGAGGCUGAGGGCCAGGACACAAAAAAUGAUUAUCACAGUAGCAAUAUCGAAGUGGAGCCUGAUGAAGAACAAAGAGACAUGAAGCGAGAGAUGGUAUGAUUGCUCUGAAUGGAGAACUUUUUAAAGAUUUAAGUCAAUUUGCCAAAGAUGUGUAAAAACUCAAGGACAGUAUUGUACAGCACAGAAUUUGAAUGCCUUAAGUGCUUAAAAGUCUGUCUCGUGCCUUUGGAUCUAUGCUGAUUUAAAACAACAAUACAAGACAUACACCCCCUUAUUACAGAUACAGCAACAUACAAAGACAAGGGCUAGGUAACCAAAUCAGGCUGUAUAUUUGGUACUCACUAAAUAUUGUGCUUGCUAAAGGAUUUACUUGACCAAAGAUAUCAUCAGAAAGAUAUUAAUAUAUAAACAGGUUAAUUAGAAUUAUCACAGCAGAAUACGCUUAAGUAAUGGAAGUCUUCACAAUGGCCUGUUGAACUACACUCAAUCAAAGGUACAGUUUUUUUGUGAAUGAACCCAGGUAAACUGAACAUACACUCAAGACAAAAUUAUAGUAUUAGUCUUCAUCACUGCAUUUUUGCCCGAAAUUCAUUUAUCGCGUACAGUAUGAGUAAAUUAAUGACAGGGCUGAUUCGCCACAUCUCUGGCUUUCACCACCAAAAUCAUCUUGACAGCCCUGACAUUUUAAAACAAAGAUUAAUCUAUCUCAUUAUCUGCACUGUACAAAAAACAGAAAUAUAAUGAAUAUUAACGUUUUUUUUUCUUAUUUUGCCAUUCAAAAUAAUCCCAAAACUAUUUGCACUCUCUAAUAUCAGGUUGUCUUUGCUAAAACAUGCAUAUACAAGAUACUUGUCUGUAUCAUACCACUGUGAUAGAUAACAUAUAAAUAAGUGAAUGCUCUAUGUAGACUGCCAAACUCUGAGAAAACCUGCUCCAAAUAAGAACUAAUCAUACUGUUGUUGCAUCCUGCAUUGCUGCAUGAGACCGCAGCAAGUGAGAAAUAUGACAUUACUGAGGUUUGCUAUUGUGUGGAGUUUAACUAUGCAAGGGUUCAGAUCAAUGCAUAGCACCUGUAGCAUUCAAACGCCCAAGUAGAUAAAUGGUGCUUUUAUUCCCCAGUUGGUUCAAGCUUUCCCCUGCCUCAAGUGUUUUUCUGUCAAAAUGUUGUAAAUGUUGCCAAAUGUGUACCUCUUAAAACUAUUUAAUUUUUUUUUAUCGCAUCAGUGUUACUUUUAUACAGAAUGAGUUAAGCUUUUGUACAAUUUUAUGAAAUUAUUUGUGCAUACAUUUACCUACAGCUUAAUAAAGUUGUACUU